GGCUUUGCCCAACUCCCACACAACCAAAAAGGCUGGUUUCAAUUCCACUGUGCUCUCCACAACAGCACAAAGUUUGUUUCCAGGCAGUGGGUGAGCAGGGCUGAGAACUUGCCCGAUACUACCAGCCUACCAUCUGAGAAAGCAAGCAGAACUUUUGCACCUCUUGGCCUGUUGAGUCUGCAUACUGGGUUCAUGCCCUCCCCCAUGUUCUGGCCAGGAGAUUUCCUAUUUAGCUGGAAUUGUUACAAAGUUCAGCUGGAGGUUUCCUUCUCCUUGUAGUCUUUUUCCAGUUCCCUGGCAGCCCUCCCCAAGUACUCCUGUGAGACAAAUCAGAAAUGGCUUCAAUGGGGACCCAAAGAGCCCACAGGGCUUUUCCUACUGCUUCCUCUACUACUCUAUUUUACUUGGCUCUCUAAAUUGACUCAGCUCCAGCUGUGGGCACAGAAAUCUCUGCAGGCAAGUUGCUCCAGAGCAUAUUGCAGGACAAACCUGUAACGAAUAGUUAAAUUCACGGCAUCUGGAGUCCUAAUCCUUUUCCGACAUGGCAGGUGUGAGUGGCUGUAUAAAAUAUUCUAUGUUUAUCUUCAACUUCGUGUUCUGGCUAUGUGGUAUCGUAAUCCUGGCAUUAGCAAUAUGGGUACGAGUAAGCAAUGAUGCUCAAGAGAUUCUCAGCUCUGAAGAUUUAGGCUCCAGCCCCUAUGUUGCUGUAAACCUACUGAUUGCUGUAGGUGCCGUCAUCAUGAUUCUGGGCUUCCUGGGAUGCUGUGGUGCUAUAAGAGAAAGUCGCUGCAUGCUUCUGUUGUUUUUCAUAGGUUUGCUUGUGAUCCUGCUACUGCAGGUGGCGGCAGGUAUCCUAGGAGCUGCUUUCAAACCUGAGUAUGAUCGCAUCUUGAAUGAAACUCUCUAUGAAAACACAAAGCUUUUGAGUACCACAGAUGAAAGUGGAAAACAAUUCCAACAAGUCAUAAUUGACUUUCAAGAAGAGUUUAAAUGCUGUGGUUUGGUAAAUGGAGCUGCAGAUUGGGGAAAUAAUUUUCAACAAUAUCCCAAAUUAUGUGAAUGUCAAGAUGUACAGGAACUGUGCACCAAUUAUAAUGGGAAACGUGUUUACAAAGAGCCCUGUAUUUCUUUCAUAAAAAACCUAUUGGCAAAAAAUGUGAUUAUAGUUAUUGGAAUAGCAUUUGGACUGGCAGUUGUUGAGAUACUUGGUUUGGUGUUUUCUAUGGUCCUGUAUUGCCAGAUUGGGAGCAAAUGAAUCUGUGGAAGUGUCAAGCUAUCGUCAGUCAAACCCCUUUAACAUUUUGUUUUGGCUUUGUAACUUUAAAUAUAUAAGUGCUAUGUACAUCAGGAUCAGCUGUAUUUUUAAAAUGUCUCAGCAAGCUAGACCACGAUAUCUUCUAGACAUAUUGAACAUAUUUACAGUUUGAGGGACAUGAGGGAAAUGACAUGAAUGUGUAUUUUUACUCAAAAUAAAAGUAACUGUUUACAUUGGUG